AUGGACGACGGGCACCAAUGGAGGACAUAUGAUCAGAAAUCGAUUCUCAACUUCAAGUUACGCAGAAAGACUUCAGAUACACGAACAAGACUGGACCAUAAUUUGAUUGACGACGGGCACCAACGGAGGAAAUAUGGUCAGCAAGCGAUUCUCAAAUCGGAUUACCCGAGGAACAACUUCAGCUGUGCUCACAAGAUCGACCAAGGAUGUCAAGCCACCAAGCAGGUCCAAAAGAUAAAGGAUGACCCACCCGUUUACAGUACCAUUUACCAAGGCCACCACACUUGCAAGAACCUCAUCCUCAAAUCCCCCCCGCUCAUCUUGGACUCACCAAGCCCUGGGGACUCCUCCAUCCUCGUCAGUUUCAACACCAGCCUGACUCCCAAGCAAGACCACAACAACAACAACCCCUUCUCUUCAUCAACUUCCUCGUCGGUGAAACACGAGCCGAAGCUGCCCAGCGAGGAUGAUCUGAUCCCCUGCAGUGGCUGUCACGACGGCAACAGCAGCAACAACAAUAACCAGUCCACAUCAUCCGACUACUAUGCCGUGUUCGAAUCAGCCAGGGAGAUCCGGGCCCCGUUGUUGGAUCAAGAUGACGACGACGAUGACACGUAA